AGUAUGUUAUUUUGCCAAAAUAGAAUCAAUUUACUAUUAUUCAGAUUUUAUUUUAUUAUAUUAUUUGAAAAAAAGAAGAGAGAAUCUAAUUUGUUUUUGAUGUUCUUCUAGUCACGGAAAUGGUAUCACACGUCACUCUACAUAAUCUCGCAAGCAAAACAACCCAAGUACAAGGCAUAUAGACAAAAUCUCAACCUCAUAAUGUUCCUUAUCUCAUUCGAAAUACUGUAAUAUUCAUCAUACUCAUCGCUUGAUCGUCUUCCCCUUCUCAACUGGUUAACCAAUAAUCAGCUCUUGACUAUGUUAUUGAGAGUGAAGGAGAGGGCAAAGAUGGGGAGUUCGAGUUACUUGUUACUAGGUCUUCUUCUGCUCUGCUGUACCGUGGCAGCUAAUAAAGAACCACUUGAGAACGCCAAGUAUAAGGACCCAAAAGAGCCAUUGGGAGUCAGGAUCAAGAACCUAAUGAGCCAUAUGACCCUUGAAGAGAAAAUCGGGCAGAUGGUUCAGGUUGAACGCGUCAAUGCCACAACCGAAGUCAUGAAAAAAUACCUCAUCGGGAGUGUAUUUAGCGGGGGAGGGAGUGUGCCUACGCCAUAUGCCAGUCCUGAAGCUUGGGUGAACAUGGUGAAUGAGAUCCAAAAGAAAGCUCUUUCGACCCGCUUAGGUAUUCCCAUAAUUUACGGGAUCGAUGCUGUUCAUGGUCACAACACCGUGUACAACGCCACCAUUUUCCCACAUAACAUAGGCCUCGGAGUCACCAGGGAUCCUGGCCUUGUGAAGAGAAUUGGUGAAGCAACUGCGCUUGAAGUUAGAGCAACAGGAAUCCAAUAUGUCUUUGCUCCAUGUAUUGCAGUGUGUAGGGACCCUAGAUGGGGAAGAUGCUAUGAGAGCUACAGUGAGGAUCACAAAAUCGUUCAACAGAUGACUGAGAUCAUACCUGGUUUGCAAGGUGACCUUCCCACCGGUCAAAAGGGUGUUCCUUACGUCGCUGGAAAGACCAAAGUUGCAGCCUGUGCUAAACACUUUGUUGGAGAUGGAGGUACAUUGAGAGGGAUGAACGCGAAUAACACAGUUAUUAAUACAAAUGGAUUGCUGGGCAUUCACAUGCCAGCUUAUUACGAUGCGGUAAAAAAGGGCGUUGCGACAGUUAUGGUGUCCUACUCGUCCAUAAACGGGUUGAAAAUGCAUGCCAAUAAGAAACUUAUCACGGAUUUCCUCAAGAACAAGCUCAAGUUCAGGGGCAUUGUCAUCUCGGAUUAUCUAGGUGUUGAUCAGAUCAACACACCUCUUGGUGCUAACUAUUCACACUCUGUGUAUGCCGCUAUCACUGCUGGACUCGAUAUGUUCAUGGGUUCAUCAAACUUGACCAAAUUAAUCGACGAGCUAACCAGUCAGGUGAAGCGAAAACUCAUCCCGAUGAGCAGAAUCGACGAUGCUGUGAAGAGAAUCUUAAGAGUCAAAUUCACAAUGGGGCUCUUUGAGAAUCCCAUAGCUGAUCAUAGCUUGGCCAACCAGCUCGGUAGUAAGGAACACAGAGAACUGGCAAGGGAAGCAGUGAGGAAGUCUCUGGUGUUGUUGAAGAACGGCGAAAAUGCGGAUAAGCCGUUGCUUCCUCUGCCAAAGAAAGCCAACAAGAUCCUUGUUGCAGGAACACAUGCUGAUAACUUGGGAUACCAAUGUGGUGGCUGGACAAUCACAUGGCAAGGCCUUAAUGGCAACAAUCUCACCAUUGGUACACACACCUUUCCUCAUUCCAUAACAUUUACCAAUCUGAAAUUGAAUUUUUCAGGAACAACGAUCCUCACCGCAGUGAAGAACACGGUGGAUCCGAAAACGCAAGUUAUCUACAAUCAAAACCCCGACACCAAUUUCGUCAAGUCCGGCGACUUCGAUUACUCAAUCGUGGUCAUCGGAGAGAAACCGUACGCGGAGGGAUUCGGAGACAGCACGAAUUUAACCAUAUCCGAACCAGGUACGAGCACAAUCGAAAACGUGUGCGCAUCGGUGAAAUGUGUGGUGGUGGUUGUAUCGGGACGUCCUGUGGUGAUGCAGCCGUACAUUUCGAACAUCGAUGCUCUAGUGGCGGCGUGGCUACCGGGAACGGAAGGUCAAGGAGUGGCUGAUGUUUUGUUCGGAGAUUACGGAUUCACCGGGAAAUUGGCUCGGACGUGGUUCAAGACAGUGGAUCAGUUGCCGAUGAACGUUGGUGACCCGCAUUAUGACCCGUUGUACCCGUUUGGAUUCGGGUUAAUCACUAACCCAAAUUAACGGCUCGGAUACGUUUCGAUGUGAUAAAGAUUGUUGCGCCAAAACACAAAAUGUUAAAAUAAUCAUUCAUAUUUCUGAUUUUUUUUUUUCGGUUUAAAAUUGUUCAUUCCUACCCAUUUUUUCAACUUUUUCAAUAACAUGUGUUAUACCGA